GGCUUGGCCUGGAAAUCUCACAGAAAUAAAUGCAAAACUUAUUAAACAGCACGAUGACCACAAAUACCAUCUCUACUACUCGCGGAGCUCUGUUUGCAGAUACCCCGCUCAGCAUCCCCUUUGUUAAACAACAUCCAUCUUCUCCACCACUGGGAGACGACACAGCGCGAAAGAAUUACUCACUGUGGCUCUCUCAAUACACCAUGAACAGAAUAGUAGAUCUUCUCCAUUCUGGUUCUCUUGACCCUUCGCUCCUACUACAAGUUUCCAUUCCAAACAAUUGUUCUUGGACUCUCCCAAACACUACACCGAACACUAUAAAGUGAGAAGCAAACCCUGUUGUGCAGAAUGUUGCCUUUGUGGGAGACCUGGGAUGUGAAUUACGGAGUGUUUUCUUCUCCUGGUUAUUUUAGUCUUUCUUCUCUAAGUUCUUUGUACUCUCUGUUUCCUGUCUUCCUAAGGCUUAAUAAUGUUUUUUUUUUUUAGCUUUGUUUUCUUGUUUGUUUUGAUCAUUCUACCACCGUUGCAAGUCUCGAGGAGGUUGACACUUGGGGUCAUUGUGCUGUUGGUGUUACAGGUGGUGGUUAAGCGGGUGGAUGGUCAACAAGACCAAUCAAAAAUUGUAUGUUAUCACCAGGACAUGGGAUAUUGAUAGAAGAACCUAUCAAACGAUUUCUCUUACUUUUGUCACAAUCAAGGGGUCAAACAAUCCACCUUACGGCAGUUCAAUUGUGUCUGUUGAAGCCGUCGUUCUAGAACUCGCUGGACCCUGUGAAUCUUGAAAGGAGUCAUCAACUGACCAAACCUUGUCACGCCAUGAAACCCCGGCUUCCACGCGCUCGCUUACAAGGUUCCGGACCGAGAUCCGCUCGUUUUAACUGGCGCAGAACUUGACGUCACCCGUUUAUCCUUGAACUUUAUCUGCCGCUUGGCCUUGUCAAAUGCUAGCGGGAUAAAUCGAGUACAGAAGUACUUAGGCGAACGCAAGUGACAGGAUUUACUGGUAGUAUCGUGGGCCCAUCCACGCCGCGACAUAUUAGUCCCAUGCAGAUCUGUGUUUAUUUUACAGGCAAGAUAGAUUGCAAAUCCCUACAGGGUCGUUGAAAAUACUCCAUUGUUAGGUGCCACAAGGGCAUUCUCUCGGGAGGCUGUGUGUACACCUAGCAAGAGAAGCUUGUGGUUGAAGCAACAAAAAGCAAGCAAAAGCUCGCCGAGCUCCCUUUCUGUUUGGUCCUCUAUAUUAUUGCCUGAUUGUAACUGAAAUCAUCGCGAUGCAUUUGCUGCCUGGUUUGAGGAUGUUAGAAACAAGAAGCAGGAUAUCAACGGGACAACGGGUCGCUGCAUGCUCCGCACCGGCCUAUUCCCGUAAAAGACUCGGAUACUGGCUUACGCUCAUGAUAGGCGAUGGGACUCUGUAUAACGAUAAGGUUCCUGUAGCUACGGUAAAAUUAAACGAAAGUCUUGGAAACGGUGCGAGGAAUCAAGACUAGCGGCAUACGAAUUGCAUUGUCCGGUGUACGCACAAAGCAUGAAUCUUCCAAAAGGCUCCUUGGUCUAUCAAGCCGACGCAUAGAGCGGUGAAGAUUGUGUUUGACCAAGGUAAGACACAUUCGGGGAUUUCUAUGGCUGACGGGCCUAUUGAAGAGAAGUCACGAGCGUGCCCUCUGUAGGAGGCCGGCCACAAAUUAUGCGGGAGGCCAACCACUCCGUAGAUCGGGGAGCUACAUAAAGGCAGCAAGGAAUGCGCCUCAGACUUCUGUUCGUAUUUCCUACAUAACGACAUAUCUUCUCCUUCUGAACAUCCGUAUCGCUUGCUAAGUUCUAUGGACAUGAAAAAGAAGAAGCACACCAGUGUCGAAGUUGAAAAGACUGUAUCUCCAUCUAGCAUAUCCGCAAGCACUCUGCCUCGCCUUACGAUGGCGCCCCAGGGAGUAGAAGGCUUCCUCGAAUCUCUCAAAGAAUACCACAACAGUGAUGCGCUCUCGGACGUUAUCGUUACUUGCGACGGCCAAGAGUUCAAGGCUCACCGGGUCAUCUUGUCUGCCCAUUCAAAGUGCUUCGCCAAGGCGCUGAAUGGCGACUGGAAGGAGAGUUCCGAGAGAAGGAUCGACAUCAAAGAUUUCGACCCAAGUAUCGUUGAGGCAAUGCUACGAUUCGUUUAUUCAUUCGAGUACACCAACACAUACGGUACUUCCUCUAUGGUGUUUGAUGCCCAGAUGUGGCAGAUUGCCGACAAGUACGACAUUCCUGCCCUUAUGGCAGAGUCAAAGAAGAAAUUCGAAAUCGCUGUGGCCACUGGAUGGAGUAUGGAUGACUUUCCAACGGCUGUUGCUAUUGUCUACGAAUCGGCCCUCCCGGGACUUCGUGAUAUUGUAGUGGUGGCUGCUAGCAAGAACAUUGAAAAGUUGUUGGAUAAAGAUGGGUUUUCUGAACUCAUGAGAACGACGCCGCAUUUUACAGCGGAUCUUAUCCCGUUCCUUGGUGGCAACCCGUUGGGAUCUAUGAAGUUGUACAAAUGUCCGUCAUGCCAAAUGAGAUUUGGGGGAGAGUUCUCAGUAGGGCCGACGUACUAUUGUCCAUACUGCUCACAAGCUCGUACAAACUGGAGCAACUACAAGACAACCUGAAGCGUGAUGAUGUGUGUGUUGGGCGAGAAGGUUAAGAUCAGGCAAAGGCGGAAACUAGGACAAGUCUCAUAAUUGCACUAUUCCUCAGAGAGCUGGGAAACAAACAUAUCGUGAAUAGGUGCUCGCAAUUUGUAUAUGUGGAAGCCCCUAGGUCAUGACUUUACAACAUGAUACGGAACAUCCCAUUUUCUCUCGCUUGGCUAUAGCUCGCAACGUUUCCUGCGAUUGUCUCAGCUAAGGUUUCCUACCCCAAACAAAAUAAACAGGGAGA